ACCGCAUAGACUUGAAAAACUCAGUUUGACUAAAACCAAAGAGACUCUCUCUCUCUUACAGAGUCACCAUUUCUUGCAUUAUUGCAUAUAUAUAUCCACCAUCCCCAAAACCUUUCACCCUUCCAAACCCACUUCCCUUCCUUCUUCAAUCUCUUAUCUUUACAUGGCAGUUUGAGUGUUCAUUAAUCUCUAAAACCCCUUAUUUUCAUUCACAGAAUGGCAGUGGAACUCAUGGGGUUCCCAAAACUUGAAGAACAGAAGGCCAUACAAGAGGCUGCAUCAGAAGGCCUCAAGGGCAUGGAGCACCUGAUCCGAACCCUCUCCAACCAACCCACCCACUUAAACACCCACCUCACCGACGUAACCGUUUCCAAGUUCAAAAAACUCAUCUCCUUGCUCAACCGAACCGGCCACGCCCGUUUCAGACGCGCUCCGCUUCACGCGCCUUCCACAUCCCAACCGGUUCAGCUCCCUCCCCCGCAAAACCCCACUCUUUCUUCGCCGCCGCAGUUCGCUUCUCCGGCGCCUGUCAACCACGCGCCGGCGAGCGUGACGCUCGAUUUCACGAAGCCGCACAACACCGUUUUGAGCUCCCACGCAAAGUCCGUUGAGCUCGAGUUCUCCAAAGAGACCUUUAGCGUCUCCUCUAACUCAUCGUUCAUGUCCUCCGCCAUCACCGGCGAUGGUAGCGUUUCCAACGGAAAACAAGGAUCGUCGAUUUUUCUCACGCCCGCACCGGCACAGGCACCGCCAGCCACCUCCGCCGGAAAACCACCGCCGUUUAAGAAACGGUGCCACGAUCACCGUGAACACUCCGACGACGUCUCUGGAUCCAGCAAGUGCCACUGCAUCAAGAGAAGGAAAAAUAGGGUGAAGAAGACGGUGAGAGUGCCGGCCAUUAGUUCGAAGAUCGCGGAUAUACCGCCGGACGAGUACUCGUGGCGGAAAUAUGGUCAAAAACCGAUCAAGGGGUCACCGUACCCACGGGGUUAUUAUAAGUGCAGCACGGUGAGAGGGUGUCCAGCAAGAAAACACGUGGAGCGUGCACCAGACGAUCCAGCGAUGCUGAUAGUGACGUAUGAGGGGGAGCACAGGCACGCGGUUCAAGCCGCGAUGCAGGAGAAUGCAGCCGGGGUUGUGGGUUUGGUAUUCCAGUCAACGUAAAGGGUUGAAUAAAAAAA